AUAAGCAUGUGAAGGUGUUGUGAUGUCCGCAAACUACCAAAAAGUUGUCGUACCGUGCGAGAGAGAUGGCGGGUACCUACCAUAACCAACACCGCCACGUGCUGCAGCUAGUGCUGUCAUGCCGGAAAGUCACCGCCCAAGUCACCAACACCACCACCUCCUCCAUAAUAGCCAUGGCCUCCUCGUCGGAGCAGGAAUUCGCGGCUCACUACCGUGCACAGCUCAACCGGUUCCCCAGAUCCCAGCGCUACUGGGACGGUAAAGUGGCCUCUCGCGUCGGGGAGAAGCUAGGGUUCCGCCUCAGAGAAAUCGGUGUCACCACUGUGCAAAUCGAUCCUAGCGAGGAACAAUCCCGUCCACCACACUACCGCGUCAUGGUCUCUCCCUUGUUCCAUUCCAUCAAAAACGCCGGCGUCCACGUUUCUGGCGUUCACUGAUUAAUUUAUCCCAAAUUGUGAGUUUCAAUUUUGAGGGUUUUUCAUUGUUGAGCCAAUUCUUCACCACACACAAUAAAAUUUUGACUCUGAGUCACUAUUCCCUAAUUCUAUUAUUAUUAUUAUUAUUGGGAUCACAAAUUGUUCAGAAAUUA